UUUAUGACAUUGACAGAUUGACGUUUGUAGUUUUUACGUUUGUUUAGGUUAUAUUUAUUUUCUAAAGUGGAAUUUAUCGGUCGGAGAUUAAAUUCUUUAAGAGUAUAAGGUCGUUUAUAUUCCAUAAAUAGAUUGUAAUUGGCAUUGAAAGACAAAAUGUUGAGGAAAAUUUUCUCAAGAACACUGAGUCCGGGGAGUUCAUUGGUGCGGUGUGUUAAUGUUAAUACUGUUGAUAUCAAUAGGCAAAUACACUGUGGAGUUUGUUUAAGAAUCCCUAGGUAUACAUCCAAACCAAACACCACCUCACCAGCUUUAGCCACCAAGUAUCAAGUAAUUACAGAUGAAAAUCCCGUAGUCAUUGAGAACACUGCAGAAGAAAUUCCAACUGAGGAGAGAUAUACCUUACUCAGUGAUGAGUUUGAUGGUAUUAACCUAGAGAGAGGUGCAAAUGGUGUUUUUGAAAUAGAAGACCUCGUAGAAUUACUACAAAGGGAAAACUGUAAGGAUAUAUUUGUAGCUGCCGUUCCAAAAGACAUCCGCUAUGUGGACUACAUCUGUACAGUCAGCGGAAGAAAUAAAAGACAUAUUUUAGGUAUAGCAGAAUUUGUUCGGAAAGUGUAUAAGAAAAAAUGUUUUAAAUCAGAUCAUAUACCUAGGAUAGAGGGUAAAGAAUCUGAUGAAUGGAUGGCAUUAGAUUUAGGUAACAUUGCAUUACAUGUGUUCACGGAAAAGGCUAGAAAGGCAUACGACUUGGAGACCCUAUGGUCAGUUGGACCAGAAUAUGAUGACAAGAUGAAUAAGAAUAGCGAAGUUGUGGACAUAUUCGAGAACUACAGCGAUUACUUGAAAGAUCUUAAACCAUUGGGAUCAUGAAACCUUAAUAAUAGUUAUUGUACAUAAACUGUAUUGCCUCACUAGUACUGAAUUAAAAAUCCUUUAAAAGUCUCAUAUAAAAUGUUUAUUUCUGCUUAAUUACAUUAAAGAUACAUAUAUGGAUUGUAUAAUUCAAUCACAAUUCACAAUCUAAAUAAUCAUGAAACAUUGAAUUCAAUAAUUUCAUAUCAAUUAAAUAAAAACAAUUAUCCACAUUAUUUCCAUUGCUAUAAGUAAAUUUAUUAUCCAUUUCAAUAAUUGUUGUAGGUUAUUAUAAUAUGUAUGUCUGUCUAUAAAGAUACUAAUAUAAUUUGAUAUACAAAAUAACAAUUUGGCAUAAAUUUAUAACUAGCUCAGAAUUUUAAAUGCAGUAAUAUGACAAUGUAAAAUUAUACAAAAGAACAGCGGUUGACUAAUACAUUCAUACCACAAUCACAAGAUCCUUAGUUCAGUCAAAAUGCAGUUGCACAUACUAGUACAUCUAAGUAGUAUACACUAAGUAGCAUAGUUUUGAAAGCAACCUAACAUUAGUGCUUUACGAGUUAAACCUAACUAUGUAUAAGGAUAAAAUAGUAUUGGAAGCCAAUCAGUAAUAGACUGUAACAUAUUUUGUGUAGCAAAUUAGCAUAUUAUAAUAAUUCAUAAAAAAAAUGUUUGGACCACCAACAA